AAUUAAUCAAUCAGUCCCUGUAGAGUUUGAGUACCCUUUGUUGAUUUUUAGGUCAAACUACCAUUGGUGCAUGCUGCUUUAAUGUGCAUACUGUAGACCCAAAAUGUAUUUGGACACUUAUGCCUCUUGUAAAUGCAUAAAUGUCAUUGGAUUAGACAACAAUAUCAAAGCAAGUGGCAUCUGCAGUAAAAUGAUGCUGGAUGUUUGCUUAGAACAAACCUAAAGGGAUAGUUCACCCAAAAUUGAAAAUUCUCUCAUCAUUUACUCACCCUCAUGCCAUUCCAAAUGUGCUGACUUUUUUUUUUAUUCACAACACAAAUUAUGAUUUAUAGAAGAAUUUUUAGCUCUGUAGGUCCAUGCAAUGCAAGUGAAUUUGUGCCAAAAUGUUGACGCACCAAAAAGCACAUAAAGGCAGCAUAGUGCCUUUAUUUAUAAUCCAUAUCUUCUGAAGUGACAUGAUAGGUGUGGGUGAGAAACAAAUCAAUAUUUAAGUCGUUUUUUUUGCUGUUGCUAGAAAUGGUUCUCCCUGCCCAGUAGGGGGCGAUAUGCAUGAAGAAUGUGAAUCACAAAAGGAGAAGAAUGUGAAUGUGAUCUGUUUCUCACCCACACCUAUCAUAUUGUUUCUUAAAACAUUGAUUUAACCACUGGAGUCAUAUGUUUAUGCUGACUUGUGUGAUUUCUGGAGUGAAUUUUCAUUUUUGGCUGAACUAGUCCUUUAACUUUUCUGAGCCAUUUUUGCAAAUCAUUUGAUUGAACUGGUCCCAGGGUGAUUUGAAAUGAAUGUACUGUCAAGUUCACACAGGUGUCUUAGCAGAGUAAACACCGAUUUAGUUCUUUACAUUGCCAAUAGACAUACACUGGCAGCCAAAUGUUUGGAAUAAUGUACAGAUUUUGCUCUUAUGGAAAGAAAUUGUUACUUUUAUUCACCAAAGUGACAUUCAGCUGAUCACAAUGUAUAGUCUGAACAUUACUGAUGUGAACGAUUACUAUUACAAGUACUAUAACUGCUUCAAAGAGAUCUCAUCAAAAAAUCCUUCAUGUGCAGCAAUGACAGCGUUGCAGAUCCUUGGCAUUCUAGCUGUCAGUAUGUCCAAAUACUCGGGUGACAUUUCACCCCAGACUUCCUGUAGCACUUGCCAUAGAUGUGGCUGUCUUGUCGGGCACUUCUCACACACAUUACAGUCUAGCUGAUCCCACAAAAGCUCAAUGGGGUUAAGAUCCAUAACACACUUUUCCAAUUAUCUGUUGUCCAAUGUCUGUUUCUUUGCCCACUCUAACCUUUUCUUUUUGUAUUUCUUUUACAAAAGUGGCUUUUUCUUUGCAAUUCUUCCCAUACGGCCUGCACCUCUGAGUUUUCUCUUUACUGUUGUACAUGAAACUGCUGUUGAGUGGGUAGAAUUCAAUGAAGCUGUCAGCUGAGGACAUAUGAGGCAUCUAUUUCUCAAACUAGAGACUCUGAUGUACUUAUCCUCUUGUGUAGUUGUACAUUAGGUCUUCCACAUCUCUUUCUGUCCUUGUUAGAGCCAGUUGCCCUUUGUCUCUGAAGACUGUAGUGUACACUUAUGUAUGAAAUCUUCAGUUUUUUGGCCAUUUCAAGUAUUGUAUAUCCUUCAUUCCUCAAAACAAUGAUUGACUGUUGAGUUUCUAGAGAAAGCUGUUUCUUUUUUGCCAUUUCUGACCUAAUAUUGACCUUAAGACAUGACAGUCUAUUGACAAAUGUGGCAACUCCAAAACAAACACAAUGUUAAGCUUCAUUUAAUGAACCAAAUAGAUUUCAACUGUGUUUGAUAUAAUUGAUAUAAAUGAUUUUAUAGAACCAAAUUAGCAAUUUAUCAUGAUUACUCAAGGAUAAGGUUUUUGAGUGCUGGCUGCUAGAAAUGGGGCCUUUUUACAUCAGUAUUGUCCUGAAUUUGUGAUCAGUUGAAUGCCACUUUGUUGGGAUGUUCUUGGUUCCAGAUGCUCUUUUGUGCAGGUUUAGUUCUAGCCACUAGGUGGCAUGAUGGUUUUAUCACUAGGGCUCUAAGCCCAGAGCUCCACUACUGUAGCUUAAUCCCUUCAUCUUGUUAACCCUUUGUCUGUCUUCCCCUCUCCCUCUAUGGUGACUCCUGUGUGCCUUAUUCCAGUAUCAUUGGACAAUCAGCACAUGCUGCACUACAUCCGUGACAAAACGGCUGUGCCGUACUUCUCCAAUUUGGUCUGGUUCAUAGGCAGCCACGUCAUCGAGUUGGACAAGUGUGUGCAGACUGAUGAAGAACAUAAAAACAGAGGGAAACUAAGUGAUCUGGUAGCUGAGCAUCUGGACCACCUUCACUAUCUGAAUGACAUCCUCAUCAUCAACUGUGAGUUUCUCGAUGAAGUGCUGACAGACCACCUUCUCAACCGUCUGUUCCUGCCCUUGUAUGUGUACUCUCUGGUCAGCCAAGAGCAGUCAGACGAGCGCAAGAUCAACCCUCAGGUGUCACUCUACCUGCUGUCACAGGUGUUCCUUAUCAUUCACUAUCAGCCGCUUGUGAAUGCCCUGGCGGAUGUCAUUCUCAAUGGAGACCUGUCCGUGUUCUCUGUGCAGAUGGAGCAGAGUGCUCACAAGAGUUUAAGCAAUGCUGGUGUGCGUCGCUUUACCAAGCCAUCAGAGAGUCUGGAGCGUUCACUGGAGAUGAGUUGUCAACGUGGGCGGAAAAGGGCCCAGAAAAGACCCAACUACAAGAAUGUGGGCGAGGAAGAGGAGGAAGAACGGGGAUCAGAGGAGGGGCCAGAAGAAGAGAAGGCUAAAAGUACAGAGGCUAACUCAAAGACCAGCAGGACAAGUGGGGACAAGGAAGAGAUUGAGAUGGUGGUGAUGGAAAAAUGUAGAACCUCAGAAGUGUCAUUGUUAACAGAACAGAACAUUACAGAUGAAGAGAAGAGUGCGGCUCGAUCUGAGAGCCAGAAGAGCAGGCCCUUCCUGGACAUGUUGUAUAAUGCAUUGGACUGUGACAAAGAGGAUUACCAGGCUCUGUUUGUGCUUUGUCUCCUGUACGCGGUGUCUCACAGUAAAGGUAUAAACCCAGAGCUCUUGGAGAAGAUCCAGCUGCCCGUGCCAGAUCAGGAGAGGAGCUCUUACAGCCAGGUGUUAGUGGAAAGAGUGAUCCGAAUCAUGAGCCAGGCUACUCAGCCAGACGGGAAGGUGCGUCUUGCAACACUGGAGUUGAGCUGCCUACUUCUGAAACAGUCUGUGCUCUCCGGCUCUCAGUGCAUUAUAAAGGAUGUUCAUUUGGCCUGUUUGGAGGGUGCCAGAGAAGAGAGUCUUCACCUUUUGAGGCGGUUUUAUAAGGGGGAGGAGAUCUUCCUGGAUAUGUUUGAGGAUGAAUACAGGAGCAUGAUGAAUAAGCCCCUAAAUGUUGAGUAUCUCAUGAUGGAUGCAUCCAUUUUACUUCCUCCCACUGGAACCCCCCUUACCGGCAUUGACUUUGUGAAGAGACUGCCCUGUGGAGACGUUGAGAGGACACGCAGGGCUAUCCGUGUGUUCUUUAUGCUGCGCUCGCUGUCUCUACAGCUUCAGGGAGAACCAGAAACACAACUUCCUCUCACCCGACCUGAGGAUCUCAUCAAGACAGAUGAUGUGCUUGACCUGAAUAACAGUGAUCUUAUUGCUUGCAUGGUGGUGAGUAAAGAUGGGCUUCAGGCACAGCGCUUCCUCGCUGUGGACGUGUACCAGAUGAGUCUGGUGGAACCGGAUUCCAAGCGUCUGGGCUGGGGUGUUGUCAAGUUUGCUGGCCUUCUGCAGGAUAUGCAGGUUUCAGGGGUGGAAGAUGACAGCAGGGCUCUGAAUAUCAUAAUUCACAAGCCCACAUCCAACCCCCAUGCCAAGCCUCUCCCUAUCCUGCAGGCCAAUUUCAUCUUUGCAGACCACAUUCGCUGCAUCAUCGCCAAACAGAGACUGGCCAAGGGUCGCAUCCAGGCCAGACGCAUGAAAAUGCAGAGGAUAGCAGCUCUGUUGGACCUUCCUGUUCAGCCUUCCAAGGAGGUGCUGGGCUUCAGCCAGCCGCCUGUUACUUCAUCCCAGCUGCCUUUCCGCUUCUAUGACCAGUCCAGACGAGGCCCAGCCUUCGUGUCUGUUGAUAAAGUUCCAGGUUUUGCAGUUGCUCAUGUUCCCCAGCACAGCCCCACACCAGCCUCGUCUUCCUCAACCCCUUCUAGUGGUGGCACUGGACCCUGCAACUACAACACAGCCAGCAGUGCAUCCACAAACUCUGUUACACAGAAUCAAACAGGACUCGCCCUGGCGCCUAGCCUCACCCCUGCUCCGCAGCCUACCAUCUCUCUCCUGUCUGGCAAUGAUGCUGAGUCGCUAAGCGUAGACUCCCUGACCCUGCUGCCCCCUGCCGACCCUCCUCGCCUGCUCUCCUUCAGCACACAGUCCUAUGUCCAGUAUGACGCAUCUGCAGACGGGGACGAGAUGACAGAUACCAUCCAAAUGGAAGUAGACCGCACGGGGGUGGCGAAUACACAGCUUCAAGAGGACAUGAAGGACAUUUCAGUCAUAGUUGAAGAUGACGAACCAUCUCCUGAGUCUGUAACAUCCGAGUCUGGGCAUAGUGGUGAUUCAAGGGAGGAACCCGGGAUUCAGCCCGAGACCGAUAACCCUGACCUGGAGGAGGAGACAGCAAUAGACUGAUGGAUCUAGUCCAUAACAUUCCUCUGACUGAAGAACAAUAGUACAAAAACUAAAACGCUGAAUCUUAUAAAUUGUGGCCAGAUUACUAAAACAAGAAAUACAUAUUAUAUCUGUCAGUCUGUGCAGUUUCAGUAAUGUGAAAUAAGCAUGACUGAUUCUUUGCACAAUCACUGGUUGUGUUCUGGUUUUGCACAAGCUAGUAAAGCUAGUUUGCACAUGCUUUUGGCAUUAGUGAUUCAGGCCCAAGUUCAAUCUGUGUGUAGGCAACCGAUUGUGUCAACACUUGCAUCUGUUGAUUUAACAUGGUGGUUCCAAAAACUUUUCUUUACAUUUAAACCAUGAUGAAUUUCAAAGGACAACAGCACUUUCAGAAGAGAAUUACAUUAUUGAUUGUCACGAGCACUGCUAUAAGCACAGCAUUUUUGAGUGUGUUGUAUAUAAUUCUUUCUGAAAGAAAGAGGUGCUGAAAGAGCUCCAGCUUUUGUUUGUUUGUGUGUGUAAUUGAGAGUUUUGUGUGUCUGUGUGGUUUUAUGAUAACUGAGCAGAAGAUGAAAGGAAGUGUUUAUAUAAAUAUGUAUCUGAGUGGGUUAUUGGGGAAUGCCCGCUUGAUUUUACCAGUCUUAAUGCUGAGGAAUGUACAAAGACUUCUGGGUCUAUCCAGUGGUGCUCUUUUCUGAAGGUAUAUUUCAUUUUGACUGAACAUUAAUUUGCACUUCAACAGGUUGUUUUUUUAAAAAGCCCUUGGUCAUAUUCCUUGGAGAUUGUAAGGAAUACAUGUGCUUCACUGAGCUCCUCUUUUGAUUAAAAGGUUUGUUGAAUACCAUUUGCAUAAUUAGCACUGAAAACCCCUGAACUCUCACUCCAUUCCGGUGAUCGUAGGAGGACUUUAACAAGUCCACUCUUGCUGCACCUUUUUGUAUGAAAAAGCUGAGUCACAUAAAUCAGCCCUGUUUUAAAGUUCGUUUUUUUUUUUUUUUUUUUUUUUUUGGUCAUGUAAAGGAGCAUGAGGUCAUUGAUAAUCCGUAUGUAUUUAUUUCACUGCCACUUAGACGUACUGUCACACAUUUUUGUUUUGGAACAUUCUGGAAUCUGCUGACACAGGGUGAAUUAACCUCUUUCACAUAUAUGUUACAUACUUGGAAUUGGCCCUUUGCUUAUUUUCAAACUGAGGCAUGUUAUAAUGUUUAUUCUUUAAUACACUUAAGAUCGUCAAGAGCUUGUGCUGGACACACGUAAUCAAAGCUGGGCGUGAUGUAUUUGUGGUUUAAUUUGACUUUGGUGUGAAAUAAAUUAAAUGAACUAAUUUAAUUCACUUACAGAUUCAUGAAGUUUGACUACUUAUUGACUAAAAUGGAACAUUAGUUUUCGGUUUCUAGACAGCAGGGCAUAGAAAUGGCACAUAUUCUUUGUGUUGCAAAUGUGUGGAAGCUACGACUACUUGCUUCUCUCUGCAAGAAAAUCACCCAGAUUUGAGCUUUGUUGGUUGAGUUUGUUUAAUAAUAAAGCAAUAAAAUAAAUUCUGCUUCAGUAUUUUGAGGUUAAAUUCAUCAUAGGAGUGGGUGCGCUGGGCAUCACAAAUCUCUUAGUUUGUACACAGUGUAUAGCUUUCAUUUUAUCUGUUUAUUCAUUUACCAACAGGAACUAUGAAGGUCAUGCAAUAAAUUAUUCUGACAUACACUUUGGUCUUGUUGCCUUGUUUCCCCUUCUUUCGAAUUGUGAUCCAGUUCUGUGCAUGAUCCAGGCCUCUUAAAUCUGCCGUAAAAUCUGUCCCUUCAUAGUUUUAUCUGAAGUAGUUGUGUAAACUUUCAAAAUUCCUGUAUUGGAGAGUUGUUUUACAAGCUUAUUUAAUUUUUGAUUGUCAUCAAUCCUUGGAAUAUUUCGGUUUCUGUUUGUUUGGGUCUCAGGAGAGGAGUGAUCUGGAAGAAAUCCAGUUUCAAGUCUAAAUGCUUGGUCUUUGAUUUCAUUUUAAACACCCUACUGAAUAUUUGUUAUAUAAAAAGAUGUCUGGAAAUAAAAUGUGUAUUUUAUUAGACAAAGUAAGAAAAGAAAAACAGAAUACACAGCAACACAGACUAAACUGAUUCUCUAGGAAAUUGCUGAUAUGCAGUUGAAGAUUUUAUUCUUAUUGUGAAAAGCGGCAGCAAUUUGGAAGUUAAUUUUCUUAGUAAAUUUACGAUAAACACAUAUAUUACACACUGGGUCUUACACCCACUCCUAGAAUUAGUCAGGAGAUCUGUAUAUACAGUGCAUCCGGAAAGUAUUCACAGCGCUUCACUUUUUCCACAUUUUGUUAUGUUACAGCCUUAUUCCAAAAUUGAUUAAAUUCAUUAUUUUCCUCAAAAUACAAUACCCCAUAUUGACAACGUGAAAGAAGUUUGUUUGAAAUCUUUGCAAAGAUGUGAUCACAAAGAUGUGAGUGGGCUCCACUCACAAAUGGGAUCACACUUUGGAUUUGGUAUUGUCAUGGGGUGUCCCUGUUUGUGAUGUGGUAAUAGAUAGAUGUUGAUCAAAUGCCUCUCAUUUUUUAUAUUUGUUUUGGGGGGGGGGGGUAGUUUCCACCCCUAAGCCAUUAGGCAAUCAUGUCUGUUAUUUAAAACCUUCAUCGGCCUCCCAGUUCUCUGAGGCAUACGAUUGAAUCGACAACCUUCUGAUUACUAGUUCUGUGCUUUAGCCCACUACGCCACCACCACUCCACUCCACUAAACGUUUUCUGCCUUUUAAACAAAAAUAGGAUCUUUGAUACAUUUCAGUCAGGUUUUAGAGCAAAACACAGCACAGAGUCUGCUCUCCUUAAAAUUUCGAAUGACUUGUUGAUGUCUGUAGAUUCAGGAGACUGUGCUAUCUUAGUGCUCCUUGAUUUUAGUGCGGCUUUUGACAGAUCAUGGUGUUCCCCAAGGCUCUAUUCUCGGUCCAGUUUUGUUUUCUUUAUAUAUGUUUCCGUUAGGUUCUAGCUCUCAAAAAUACAACAUUGCAUACUACUUUUAUGCUCAUGCCACUCAGCUUUAUCUCCCUAUGAAGCCAUUUAAUUCUACUUAAAAUUCUCUGUUUGACUGUCUUGAGGAUAUUAAAGAUGGAUGUUGUUAAUUUUCUCCAGCUCAAUGAAUCAAAAUCUGAAGUAGUUGUGUUUGCCAAACAAUUAGUUAAACAUCUUGGCCCUCCUUCCACUAACUUAAAUACUCAGGCAAGAAAUCUGGGUAUUAUUUUUGAUUCUAAGCUAAAAUUUUAUAAAUUAAUUCAGUGGUUAAAUUUGUCUUUUUCCAACUCAGGGCUUUCUGUCAUUCAAAGAUCUUGAAACUGUUAUUCAUGCAUUUAUUUCAUCAAGACUGGAUUAUUGUAACUCAUUGUAUUUGGGAGUUUCAAACACUUCAUUAUCAUAUUUACAGUUUGUGCAAAACUAGUAUUUCUCCUGUGAUGGCUUCUCUAAACUGGCUUCCAGUUAAAUAUAGUGUUCAGUUUAAAGUGCUUUUGACUGUUUUUAAGGAUCUGCAUGGGCUUGCACCUGAUUACAUUCUGGAACUUUUACAUCAAUAUCAAACUGCUAGACUGCUAAGAUCUUCACAGAGCCUGCUUUUGAGUGUCCUCAAGUCUCAUUUAUAAUCUAAAGGGGAUCAUGCCUUUUCUGUUGCUUUCUCUCGCCUUUGGAAUAGUUUGCCUCUUCACAUUAGAUUCUUUGGUACCAUUGAGUCUUUUAAAUCUCUGUUGAAUGCUCAUCUUUUCUCUAUUGCCUAUAACUGUGUCUAAAUGCAUUGUAUUUAUUCUUGGGUUUAUGUUCUAUAUUGUCCAAGUGUUUUAAAUGUGUGUAUUUUAAUUCUUUCUUUUUUAUAUAAAUUAAUGUAAAGCACUUUGGUCAACGUGUGUUGUUUUUAAAUGUGCAAUAGAAAUAAAUUUGAUUGAUUGAUUGGUUGAUUUUGUUUCCAGACCGGAAACUAGGCCAAUGGAUCACUGUAAUUCCAUUUAUUAUUGACCUUUUAUUUCCAGGCCAUGAAAUUUUUCCCAGAGAAUUCACAUGAAAUUGACCACCACUUCAUUUGAACAAAAAAGGGAUUAAUUAGGAGGGAAAAAAGCAUUCCUUGAUGAGCAAUUUGGGGAAAAUUAGGUACCCGUGAUCAAGCACUUAUAAUUCAAUUUGUGAAAUGCAUAUCUCUAUAUAUUUAUACACAUUUUGUGCUGUUCUUUUUGUACAAGAACCAGGUGAAUGGAAAGGGACUAAUUAAGAUGACUAUACUUAGAUGCGUUACACAGUCUCAUGAGAAGUAUACUGAAGAGGUGUUAAUUCUUACAAAUUGUUGUGCUGAACAGGGGUGUUAUUUCUAACGAACAUUUUCUCAGUAGUUUGUGGUUUUCAUUACACAGCAUUUGCAUGAGAAGAGCCAUAUGAUUCGCCACAAUAGAGCAACCUAUAUUUCACUGUAAAUACAUGAGAUGUCAAGAUUGUCAUAGGCACUACACUGUUUUUUUUUUUUCAUCUUUACUUCCUCUCAGAUUUAAUCAUGUGUUUGUCAUAGACCUUGAGAACAUACUUACAUCUAUAAUAUUUGUUUUAGAGAAUAUACAAUAUUCCAGAUCUGGCCUGGAAAAAUAAGCACGAUAUCAACCUGCGACUGCCCAAAUUUAUAAGCAAAAAAAAAAAAGCUUGAAAUCACUUAUAAUAAGUGGAUAUGGCUCACUUUAUGAAGUGACUUCCUAUCCUCUGAUCUUCAACAUGUUUUACAUUAAAUAAUCUUUUUG